UUUUAGUUCCGCUUGUUCUCUAGUCGUUGCGACAAUGUUCAGUUGUAUAUCGGCCCGUUGUGGAGGACUGCGGAGUUUUAGUUCAACAGCCACCACAGACGAAACAUAAAGCUUUAAUCAUGGUGAAUGUAAAGAAACGGAAAGGUCGAGUCGUUAUCGACUCUGACUCUGAAGACAGCGCCAGUGAUGAUAAUUUAGAUCAAGAGCUUCUGUCUCUGGCCACCAAGAGGAAGAGGGUGGACUCGGAUGACCAGCAGGAUAACCAACAGGAUGACCAGCCAGUCAGUAAGCCUGCAGCCUCGUCAGACUCGGAGACAUCAGACAGCGACGAUGAGUGGACCGCCGGUGGUCCUAAAGUCAAGAAGAAAGUUAAGCCAGGGAAACCGACAACAACAGAGAAGAAGAAAGAGGCCGCGAAGAAGAAGGCACAUAAAGCUGCGUCGUCCGGGAGUUCUGGUGGAGACAGUUCAGCUGACAGUUCUGCCCCCGAGGAGGGUGAGGUGUCUGACUCCGAGAGCAACAGCUCUGCCUCCAGCUCAGACUCCUCGUCGGAGGACGAUGUCUUCAGGGACGACUACGGAGAGGACCUGAUGGGAGACGAGGAGGACAGGGCUCGGCUGGAGCAGAUGACGGAGAAGGAGAGGGAGCAGGAGCUCUUCAAUAGGAUAGAGAAGAGGGAGGUGCUCAAGAGGAGAUUUGAAAUUAAAAAGAAACUGAAGACGGCGAAGAAGAAGGAGAAAGAAGAGAAGAGGAAGAAGGAGAAAGAAGAGAAGAGGAAGAAGGAUGAGGAAGAACGGAAGAAACGAGAGAGAUCAUCCGGUCAUCAUGAAGACCGGACUCAUCAGGACCUGCAAGUGGUUAUGUCCCACAACAAGGAGAGGAGAACUAAACGGGAUGAGAAGCUGGAUAAAAAGUCUCAGGCCAUGGAGGAACUGAAAGCGGAGAGAGAGAAGAAGAAAACGAGGACAGGGCUCCUGCCGAAGCGGCAGCCUCUGAAGACCAGCGAGGUGUACUCUGACGACGAGGAGGAGGAGGAAGAGGAGGAAGACAAAUCCUCAGUAAAGAGCGAUCGCAGUUCACGCUCUUCAUCUUAUUCCGAAGACGAAGAGAAAGAGGAGACUCCACCAAAGUCUCAGCCCGUGUCGCUGCCAGACGAGCUGAACCGCGUCCGCCUGUCUCGCCACAAACUGGAGCGCUGGUGCCACAUGCCGUUCUUCCAGAAGACCGUCAGCGGCUGCUUCGUGCGGAUCGGCAUCGGGAGCAGUAGUAGCAAACCAGUUUACAGGGUGGCUGAGAUAGUUGACGUGGUAGAGACGGCUAAAGUGUACCAGUUGGGAACGACCCGGACCAACAAAGGACUACAGUUACAGCAUGGUGGUGAUACCCGAGUCUUCAGACUGGAGUUUGUAUCCAAUCAGGAGUUCACAGAAAACGAGUUCAUGAAGUGGAAGGAGGCGAUGAUCAUAGCCAGUAUGCAGGUUCCUACUCUAGAUGAGAUCAAUAAGAAGGAGCAGGCCAUCAAAGAGGCUUGUAACUACAAAUUCAACGACAAAGACAUCGAGGACAUUGUUAAAGAGAAAGACAGAUUCAGAAAGGCUCCUUCCAACUACGCCAUGAAGAAAACAUCACUACUCAAAGAUAAGGCCAUGGCUGAGGAGAGUGGAGAAGGAGACCGAGCCAAAGAGAUCCAGGACCAGCUGAAUGAGUUGGAGGAGAGGGCCGAGCAUCUGGACAGACAGAGGACCAAAAACAUCUCUGCCAUCAGCUACAUCAACCAGAGGAAUCGUAGCUGGAACAUCGUGGAGUCUGAGAAGGCUCUAGUCGCUGAAGGACAGAAUGCCAAGAUGCAGAUGGACCCGUUUACUAGACGGCAGUGCAAACCGACCAUGGUGUCUAACGCCAGAGACCCUUCAGUCCAUGCAGCUAUCCUCCAACACCUCAAUGAGAAGUACGGAGAAGGGUCAGGCAAAGAGAUGGACUUGGAGUUUGAGAUGGGCAGGGGAGCAGGACAGGCUGCUCUCAAAGUCAUCGACCCGACGAAGAACACCAGCGACCUGUCAGAGGACCUCUUUAAAGUCCACGACUUUGACGUCAAGAUUGACCUACAGGUUCCCAACGCAGAAGCCAAGUCUCUGUCAGUGAGCGCCAACACCCUGGCAGUGAAGGACGGUGCUCCACGUAGGUCUCUCAACCUGGAGGACUACAAGAAGAGGAGGGGUUUGAUCUAAAGAACUACAGGAAGAGGAAUGGCUUGGUCUAAUGAACUACAGGAAGAGGAGGGGCCGUGGUCUAAUGAACUACAGGAAGAGGAGGGGCCGUGGUCUAAUGAACUACAGGAAGAGGAUUGGUCUAAUGAUCUAAUAGCCUAACCCCUCAGUCAGAACCACCUGCAUGUGUUGGUUGGCCAUUCUACCUGUGUGUGUGUGAGAGAGAUGUGAGGUAAGUGUGUGUUUGAGUAGUGUGUGAGAGAGAUGUGAGGUAAGUGUGUGUUUGAGUAGUGUGUGAGUAGUGUGUGAGGUAAGUGUGUGUUUGAGUAGUGUGUGUGAGAGAUGUGAGGUAAGUGUGUGUUUGAGUAGUGUGUGAGAGAGGGGACAGAGUGUGUGUACACUAGAGACUGUCCAUUUUAAAACUGAUAGGAAAUAUUAAGAGAAGGCUACUUUUCUCUCUUUGAAGAAAGUUGUCCACCUUUUUAAUUUUUAUUUUUAUGUGCAAAGUCGUACUUUGAAUUGUUUUUUCUGGUUAUUUCUACGUGUUUUUUUUUUUUAUAUAUAAAUAAAUCUUACGUUGGUUCUCCCUCA